AUGAAAUGCUAUUGCUGUUGCGGGCCUAAAACAAGAUACACAACCCUUCUACUUUGUGGUGUGGUCUUAAUCGUGUUACCUUUGGCUUUGCACAAUUAUAUCAACGGAAUAAUCAAGCAGAAAAUCGCAGACAAUGUCAAAAUUGCUCCAGGCUCUCAAAUCUAUGAUCAAUGGAAGAAACCCACGAUUCCUAUAUACCUAAAGAUCUACACAUUUACAAUUGCAAACCCUGAUGAAGUGAAGGAAGGAAAGCCGCCAUAUGUGUUUGAAAAAGGUCCUUAUUCUUAUCGGGAGAGCAGAGAGAAAAUUGAUAUUACUUGGGGAGAAAACAAUGUUAAUUACAAUCAAAUAAUUAAUUAUACUUUUGACCCAGAAACAUCAUGCGAUGGCUGUGAUCCUAAAAAGGACAUAAUAACUUCAAUAAAUAUACCGUUUGUUGUAAUCGUACAGAAGUUGGAUUCGUUUAUAGAUAUUCCGACUCUCAAUGUCAUAGUUUUCAUAUUUCUCAAACAUUUUAAAGAGAGUCUAUUCAGUACAAGAACAGUGCAUGAAACAAUCUGGGGUUACAAUGAAACAUUCUUUGAUGAUUAUGAUAAGUUUCGUGACGAGGUCAUAAAGCGAGGAGGAAUUUUUGGCCCUUUCUUAAAUAGGACAUUACCAAAGUUCCCACAUGUAUUUGCGUUGCAGCCCAACCCUAGCUACGAUGGCAACAGCACGAUUUACACUGGUCAAAGUGACAUUGAUCUUGUUGGCUGUUACCAGCGGUGGAAGGAAAAUUUUGGUAGUCUUAGGAUUUGGCAUUCUAGAUAUGCAAAUAUGUUAAACGGCACAGAUGGUUCAGUGUACAAACCCGACAUUUCCAAAGAUGACACAUUAUAUAUUUUUAUUACUCAAUUGUGCAGGUCAUUAAAUGUUAAGUACCUUGACGAGCUCACCGUACACGGGAUUGAUGGGUAUCGGUUUAACCCACCUAAAUAUUUAUUUGAAAGUGGUGAUAUUAACCCAAAUAAUAAAGGAUUUUGUAAUCCCAAUUGUUUACCCUCUGGUUUACUGAGUGUCAAUGCAUGUGUGCCAUUUAAUGCGCCGAUUGUUGUUUCCCAACCGCAUUUCCUCAACGGGAACAAAUCAUUACAGAAAAUGGUGCUGGGCUUACAUCCUAAUGAAGAAAAGCACGAUACGUUCCUUACUUUGGAGCCAAAUACAGGCAUCCCUUUACAAGCAUCGAAACGAAUCCAAUUUAACAUACAUGUUGAACCUUUCAGUGGUGUAAGUGAUUUAGAAAAUGUUAAAGCAGCGCAAGUACCGAUAAUGUGGAUUGACGAACAUGUCCGCAUUGACUCGGGUAACGCCAACAAGCUUAAGAAGGAUGUGUUGAACAAUUUGGAAAUUAUUAAAUGGAUCGAGAUUGGGUUAUAUAUUCUCGGUGGUUUGAUGGUACUGAUUGCAAUUAUAUUAUUCAUCAGGUUAUGUUGUCGAAACAAUGAUGAAAGUCGUUUGAAAUUGGUUGCAGAAAACGGACAUGAUUAUGAAAAUUAUGGCACCAAUGGACAGGCAGGCCAUGCAAACCCAUCGUUAAUUAAUGCAAGUGAUUAA